AAUAUUACUUCCUUGUCUGUCCCGUAUAGCCUACCUGUGCACGGGUAGGAGCCUACAGUCGGUGUAGAUAUACUGCGCAAUAUACAUCCUGGUACCAAGAACAGAGUUAGCUGGAGCUGGUUCUACUUUGUGUCCAGCAUGAAGACAAACUACAUCCUUCAGCUGCUGAUUCUGGCGGGAUUGAUCGACCUGAGCAUCCAAUGGAGCGGGAAUGUAUGUUCACAAAGAAUCUGCUCGUACAGGUGGGAGUAUCGGUGUGCGUACAGAACAUGGAGAGCAUGCUGCUAUUAUAAGUGGUACAAAGUGCCGGCCUAUCGGACUGUCUUUUUCUGCUGCCCUGGAUGGCGAGUUUCCACCAAUCAGAAAUGUGACGAGGCAAUCUGCAACCCCCCAUGCUUGAACGGAGGUAGUUGUGUAACCCCCAACAGGUGUCAGUGUGGUGAUGGUGCUGUGGGACCAACGUGUAACUCGUUGGUGUGCAACUAUCAGCGGCCCUGUUUCCCCGGGACAUGCACCUCUCUCGGCAGCAACAACGUCAACUGUGACUGUUCAUCAGGCUUCCGGUCUCCGUUUAAUGUCCCUGGCGAUUAUUGUAGACAAUUGGAGUCAGAUCAACGACCAGUUAUCUUUGAGGUUCAGGCAAGAUUUGGAUUCUGGAUGAGAGGAACAGGAACACCGCCCAUGGAAAAGUAUUCAUUGUAUGUGGACUCGACAAACUCCACCGAUGUUGACUACGUUUGGACAAACAGGAAAAUGUUCAACCAGUUGAACAUCAAUGCAUCAGCUCAGUAUAUGGCUGAAAACAUCCCUGCGUCGCCAUUCUUUGUCAAGGAUUACGGACUUGGCAUUGCUCGUGCUGAAGCUCGUCUGUAUCAUGAGAAAAUACCUUACACAGGGUCGAAUUUUACAACGACACAAGUCAGCCUUGACCAGACUAUUCCCUGUGAACCUGCAGUCUCGAGUGGACAAGCAAAUGAAUCCUACAUCUGUGACAUUGACAGAUCCAAUUACGACCGAUCUCUCGAAAAUGGCGACAAGUUGACCAUUACAUUCAAAGUGUGGAGUGGAGGUUACCGACAACUGAGGGAGUUUACUAAUAAUGGGUUCGUUGAUCGACAGUCUCAGAACUUCACAGGACAAAAAUCGGAGAAAGCCAUGGCUUACCGUUUUGACUUCCUGACACCAACUCACACAUGUCUCGAAAUAGGAUCGAGGUGUACUUCCGUCUUUUCCUUGGAUGAUGAUAUCACAAAGGACCCUGUCAUUCUCCGCUGGUCCAACUGGACUGACGUACCGUCAGGCAUGCAUCGUUACGCCUGGGAGGUUUUCCGGCUACAGGUGGACGGGAAUCAGGUCCUGAAGGAGUUUGAACCGUUGGAUCCCAUACAUGGUCCUAUUGAAGUCAAUCAGUCAUCAUUGGCCUCCAACUCCUUCCAGGCCACCUACACACCUCCACAGCCUGGAGUGUACUCCUUCAUCCUGGAGGCCUCCGACAAGGCCAAUAACUCUGUCUUUGUAAGGAGGAUCGCCAUAUACGAUCGCGUUUCUAAUGUUACCAUAGAUACAGGGGCAGACAACCGUCUGUAUAUAUCAUCAGCUGAUCCUAAUGGGGGAUACAACUGGCAAGACGAUCCUUCUAGACCCGUCACGGUCACAUGGACCAACCACUUUGUCAACCUGAAGCAUGAGGAGGGCAAGUGGUUGAACGAAGUCCUCGCCUACCCCCCACAGCUCGAGGACUUCUUGAAGAGGAUCCCUACAGACUCCGGACAGGAUGACCACGACGGACAGAGGACAGUAGACGGAAUACCAAACAAGAGAGGUGUUGUCAAGUUUGAGAUUGUUUAUGCGAAGGACAGCUUUGCCGGUGUGAACCAGACGGAACCAACCACAGGCUGGGUUGUUGUCGGACUCAGUGAAACAUACAUUAUACCUGCAGGUUCACUCGGAGGUAAACUGACGAAGCACGAUACAGUCACAGUUUGGGUGAGAGCUACAGAUGUCCUAGGUAACACCCGGAUAGAUUCCACCAGGGUUCACUUUGAUGAUACACCGCCUGAAGUCGAGCAGCCUGUGUUCCGGAGGAACAUCCAGACCAACAAUGUUCCAUUUAGUUCCACUGUUGAAGUAAAUGUUCGGGACAUGCAGAGUGGACUGAAACGUGUGAACCUUUUCGUCAGGAAAGUGAGCAACAAUCUAAUGAUUGUUAAUGAAACUUUGCCUCUCAGAACCAUUGAUUCGUGUGAGGGCUUUACAACGUGUUACUGUACCACCGUCAAUCCAGUCUGCUUCAACAAGAAGCAGUUUCUGCCCAUCAGCAACUGCUGGUUAAAACACCCAAUGUUGGAGGGACAGACGGUGACAAUGGACAUGGAUUUCGUGAACAUGGCGGGAAUCCAUACAACAAAGAGCUUCACUGUGGAUAAACUAGAUACACUGAAUGGAACACAAGGAUCGCUAGCACCUGUAGGCGUGACUGUCACAAAGAAAGAAACAAACUUAGUGACACUGACGUGGAAACACACCCUCAGCUGCUACAAUCGGACAGAGAUGUGGAUCAACUACGAGGUGAAUGGACAGCCGAAGAUGACCCUACUGCACAAGACAGCGACCUCCCACACUCUGGUCGGCCUCCAGCCGGACACAACCUACACCAUCGAGGUCAUCUCCCAGUAUGGGGAGUUCAAGAGCAGGGCUGACCCGGUGACCGUCACAACAGUAUCUGACGGACUUUCCGGUGGAACAGUAGCUGGUAUUGUGAUAGGAGUGUUACUCCUGCUGAUAGUGAUACUCGUUAUCCUGGGCCUUGUCCUGUUCAAACUCGGGCUUCUCGGCGGUCUCCUUCAACGGCACAAGACGUACAGGGAGAGACCACAUGUAGAGACUUCAACUGGUACCACAACUCUCAAACAAAGAAAUCGCACCAGCAGAUGGGCAUAUGAUAACACGACAUACACCAAGGAAGACGACAUCUACAUCUACGGCAGCAUGGACCUAGGGGAGCCCUGGUACGUUCCCCCAGAGGACAUCAGCCUGACAGAGGUCAUCGCUACCGGCAAGUUUGCCAAGAUCUACAAGGCCAAGUGGAUGGAGACACCCAAGAACGUCAAGGAAGUGGCUGCUAAGGUUCUGAAAGCGCGGGAGAGUGAGGACGACAUUCUUCUGAUGCUGGCUAAGAUCAACUUUGCCGCUACACAGGUCGGCGAGCACCGCAACGUAUUAGGCUUCCUCGGGGCCGUCAUGGAGAACGAUGCUCUGGGUCCCGUCAUGGUGCUGGAGUACUGCGAGACUGGCCAGCUGGACAAGUGGCUGACCAAGCAGAGAUCAAACAUCAACGAGGACACCCUUGACAGGAUACAAAACUUCGCCCUGGAGAUUGCACGUGGGAUGGAGUAUCUGGCGUCCAAAGGGAUCGUUCACCGCAAACUAGCUGCACGUAACUGUUUGUUGACCUUCCUGCUGGAGAUCAAGGUUGCAGGCUGUGGUCCAAGCAAGGCUGAUGAGUCUGCUGAUGACAACAAAGGGGAUCGUAUCCCGAUCAAAUGGACAGCCCCUGAGUGUCUGAGGUCCCUCAAGGACGCUAACGAGAAGAGUGACGCAUGGUCCUAUGGUGUGACAAUGUGGGAGAUCUUCAGCAUGGGUGGAAACCCUUACGCUGACAUCAGAGGUCGUGAUAUACCCACAAAGGUCAAGGGCGGAUACAGAAUGUCAAGGCCAGAGUAUGCAGAGGAUAUUCACUACCGGAUGAUGCAGGACUGCUGGUCCGAGUCCCCCGCGAACCGACCCACAUUCAGAAACGUGGUGGACAACCUGGAGACGUCGUUCGGUCUGCGACCCGACGGCAGCGACCAGAACUACUACUACCAACGCUAAAGCUCCAUUGAUUGACCCUUCCCUGUCUAUGGCAUCCCUGUAGUAUCUGAUGCAUUACGUGUUCAUGCAUAGUGCAUACUGUAUAUACAAGUUGUACUUGAUUUCAUUCCCAUCACCCGGUUAUAUUGACGCCAAUAUACUGCACAUUGAUACUGUUGUUACUCUCAUAUCUUAGGUUAUGUCAUGCAGAGUCUAACUGAAUACCAGACCAUGUAGUAAAGAUAAUGUUUUUCCUGGAAGCUUCGCUUGAUUUCCUUUCCUUUAACCUCCAGCUAUCAUUAUAACUUGAGAUUCUUCAAGUAACGGCUUUUUGUAAAAUGUUGAGUGAGUGAGUGAGUAUGGUUUUACACCGCUUUUAGCAAUUUUCCAGGGGACACCAGAAAUGGGCUUCACACAUUGUACCCAUGUCGGGAAUCAAACCCGGGUCUUCUGUGUGAGGAACGAACGCUUUAACCAUUAGGCUACCCGGCCGACCCUUUUGUAAAAUAAAUUAGACGCACAUAGUUGACAAUAUUUGUGAAUUGGUUAGUUAGGAUUGGUUAAUAGCGUAGAAGGAUGGUCACUUAGCUUUAGUGGAGAUGUCGCCUUGGGAUCAUGUAAGGUCUUAUCAAGGUAUUGUUAUUAUUGGCGGAGAGGCAUUUGUGUUAUUAAAGCGGAAGAUUUAUGGUCACAUGGUUGGGUAUAUCUGGGGGUAAAGAUAAGGUAGCCUGGAGGUCUGCGGUGUUGGCUGGGUCAGGGUGAUCAUUUAGGUUCAGUGUUCCUCGGAGUAAAGAUCUUAUUUCUGAUAUUGUCACUGUUGGGCUAGCACUGGAGAGAUUUACUGUGCUGGUCUGUUAGUUGUUCAGGGUCUUUUUGGUGAGCAGCUCGUGAUCAAGAAAAGGUCUUAGGCCUUUUUCGAUACGGUAACAUGUCACCUGGGAGUUAUCCUCACGGGCGGCAAGAGUAAGGAAAAGGAGGACACAUAUGCGUCUGUGUGCCAGAUGUUCGGUAUGAGGCGUGUGCGGCCGCAUAUAUUCUGUCUGUGAGAGCAGUUGCGUUGUACUGUAUUGGAGGAGUGAGUGACUGAGUUGGGUUUAACGCUGCUUUUAACAGUAUUCCAGUUUUAUCACGGCGUGUCAGCUUAAUGUGGGAGGAAAGCCCGGAGUGAUGCAGGUGACAGACGUUUACCACUUCGGUGAAACCCACGAGCACGGGUAUGGUGCUGACGGGGCGAACCGGGAUUCGAACCCACAACCAUAGGUCUCUGGCGUACCCUAGGGACGCAACUCUGCACAGCGAAUCGCGGCGCCUUAGACGACUGGGCCACCUGUGCCCCCCAGUAUUGGAGGAAAGGUGCGUGGUUCAACAUGUGAGAGUGAUCUCACUAGCUGCUCUGUAUGCGAAUGUUUGCUAAAGCACACUUAUCCCACGAACUAGAGCAGACGUGAGCUCAAAUGUGUGUGAACACCUGGAACGGUACAGUAUUUCAGAACGCUGAUGGAUAGGUAGAGAAACCCCGUCAUCGCCUAAUUUUCUUUGUACGAAUUGUUAUUUCCUUUUUAAGCUUAGCACAUUUACUACAAUAUAUCCUGUGUUUACAUAUUCAAUACAGAUUACUUUGUAAAUUGUAAUGUUUCAUAUUUUUUAAUAAAGGGCACGAAAAUUA